UCCCUUUAAACAAUGACCGUAAUUCAGAGUGUCCAAGAGGUAGAGAAACUAAGCCAGAUGAUCUUCUAUGACAGUGUAAACCUCCCUCAUGAGGUAGUCUUAGGAGUAGAUUGUGAAGGAAUUGCACACGGCUGGCCGAUGGCUUUGCUCCAAUUAUUUUUUAGAGGAGAAACCUACCUUAUUGAUUUAGCUACAGAAAAGUCGCUUCUAUAUUAUUUGAAAGAUGUCUUAGAAAAUCAGUAUAUCAUCAAAAUUUUUCAUGAUUUUCUUGGUGAUUGCGCCUCUAUUGUCCAGAACUAUGGGAUUGAAUGACAAGGAGUUUUUGAUACCCAAACCGCCAGAAGACAUUAUUCAGAACUUCUUCAAGAAAAUACCAUAUGCUAUAGUAUCGGUCUUGGAACCCUCAUGGAAGAAUUUCUGGAUACUAAGCAUUCAAAUAAGAAAGAGAUGCAGAAGAAAAUGAAAGAAGACCCUUCCUUCUGGUAUCAAAGACCCCUUUCUCAAGAAAUGGUUGAUUAUGCUGUACAGGAUGUCAAUUUACUCCCUGACCUUUAUUAUUAUUUUAGAGAUCUCUUCCAAAAUUUAGAAGAGGAUUACCAGUAUGAGCAGAAUUUACUGACUGAAAAGGUAAUCGAAGAAGCCACCAUAUGCAACAAAGUAGCAUAUAUAAACAAGGAUAAACAGACAGAUCAGCUUGAGGCAGGAGACCAUUUGAAAGGAAUCAUAAGAAAUAUAGCUAAAAAUGUUAUUUUUGUUGGACUAAACAUCGGUGUAGCAGGAUGAGUCAAAGAUAAGGCAAGUCUCGAGUAUAUUAAAAACAAUAUGAGGGUCUAUGAAAUUUACGACUUUGUCUACACUAAAACUAAGAACAAAAGCUUGGUUUAUCUCAAGCUUCCAAAUACAUAUAAGGCAAAGCUUAAGAAAGAAUCAAAAUCGUUCAAAAAGCAAAGUAUGAAAGAGGUGAAGCCAUUUAUACCGAAGAAGAGCAAAGCACUGCCAAAGAAAAAUAGUUUGAACACAAGCUCUUGUAGUUUCUUACCUAAAACAAAGAAGGCUAAAUUGAGUCCAGACGCUCCUUUCUUUACUCCCAGUUCAUCUCAGAUUCCUCAACUCAUGGAAGAUAAUUUUGAAUCUUCUGGUGACUUCGAUGAAGAACAAGAUACAAAAGAAGAAGGAGACAGUAUUGAAGAAACAAACAGUAAAGAAGAAGGCGGGAGUAUCGAAGACAGCUCAGAAAACAUUAUAGAGGAUGAACCUCACUCAAAAGCAUGUACAGACGUUGAAGAAGCCUUAAAGAAACUGUCUAUUGAGUGUGAGAAUAAAUCAAAAGAAAAAGUAUUUGAAGACUCUUCUAGACCAAAAACUUCACAUGCAGAAGAAGAAGCCAAGCAUCUUCAAUCAUCAAUAACAAAGUUGAGUCUGUGCUCUAAAAUCUACAAAAGCCAAAAGAAACUAGAUGAACGCAAGAAGCUUGAAUCAACGCCUUCUUUAAACCUGAAAUCCAAGAACUUUACUCCCUCUCAAACCGCAGGAAAGAAGCUUUCUCUUUAAGCCUA